CUGUCAAAAUCCACUCGUAAAAAGUAAACAUUUUCUUGCAAAGACAUGGCUGUGUGACUCUUAAAAUUCUCCUGCUUUAAAUUCUAGUGUUCCUAUUUGAAAAUUGACGCAAACGUUUCGAAUUUCCUCGCUUUUUGGCGGUGAUAAAACGUCCCAAAUUAUAGAAAUCGUGUUUUUUGUUUGUUGCGUCAUGACAUUCAGACCUUGACAUCUCAUCAAGGUUUGUUGGAGGUUUAUAUACAAAAAAAUUCUUAAUAUUUGCACUUGGACGUGGAUGACCAUAGUGAAAGUGAAAUCCCGUGCUUUGAUUUAAUUUUGCCAAGAUGACGAGUGUUAGAUGUGGAAUUAUCACAGUGGGAAAACUGGCUCAGGCUGUUCGCUCCACCAAACUACAACAAGGUGUCCUGUCAGCAAUCUACACUAAACAACCCAACACACCCAAGUCCCUUUCGACCUGCGUUGUCCUGCUGAAAUCGGCAGGGUCGGGGGAUCCCCCGACUCAGCCGCCGUCGAAAGACGUGUCAGGGAAUGACAGUGGCGGCGGCGGUGGUAAAAACCGAAACACACUCUCAUGUCCCAAAUGUGGUGAUCCUUGCACACAUGUUGAGACGUUUGUCAGUUCAACGAGAUUCGUAAAAUGCGAAAAAUGUCAUCAUUUUUUCGUCGUUUUGAGCGAAGUGGAUAGUAAGAAGAAGGAAGGGGUGGACACUAAGGCAGGGUUUUUCCGAAAACCGCCGCCACCGCCUAAGAAAAUCUACGAUUAUUUGAAUAGGCAUGUUGUGGGACAGGAACAUGCGAAGAAGGUAUUAUCCGUGGCUGUGUACAACCAUUAUAAGCGUAUUUAUAAUAAUAAUCCGAACGGUCAAGGUGGAGGCAAUUCGCGCCAGGAUGUGGCCGUUAUGGAACAAGGACUCCACCAAAAUGUCACUCACAGAGAUCUUCUUCAUAUAACAGGCUUGGGGCAUGGUAAUGUGAUCGGUGCGAAUCUGUCUGGUCAAGAACCGAACCGAAAUCCUACAAGCGGUUCGGAAAUUUUAGACAGAACUACACACGAAUUAAAACUAGAGAAAAGUAAUAUUUUGUUACUUGGACCCACUGGUUCUGGUAAAACGCUUCUAGCUCAAACUAUAGCACAAUGUUUGGAUGUACCUUUUGCAAUUUGUGAUUGUACUACUCUAACACAGGCUGGAUACGUCGGUGAAGAUAUUGAAAGUGUGAUUGGGAAAUUGUUACAAGAUGCAGGGUUUAGUGUAGACCGGGCUCAGAUCGGAAUUGUUUUUCUUGAUGAAGUUGAUAAAAUUGGAGCCGUCCCUGGAAUUCACCAGUUGAGGGAUGUUGGAGGAGAGGGUGUACAACAAGGAAUGUUGAAAAUGUUGGAGGGUACAGUCGUAAAUGUGCCUGAAAGAAACUCGCCUCGAAAAUUACGAGGAGAGACUAUACAAGUUGAUACAACGAAUAUUUUGUUCGUCGCUAGUGGCGCUUACAACGGACUUGAACGCUUAAUUCAGAGAAGAAAUAACGAAAAUUACUUAGGUUUUGGUGCCCCUGUCUCGGAAAGCCAAGGCCGAAGGGCUGUAUCACAACAAGCCUCCCUUUAUCAAUCCUCGCAGACAGCCGAGGAGGAAAAUGCGGAAAAAGACGCAGCUUUGAAACAAGUACAAGCACGUGAUCUCAUCGAUUUUGGAAUGAUACCGGAAUUCGUGGGGAGGUUCCCCGUUUUGGUCCCUUUCCACAGUUUGAACAAAAAUAUGUUAGUCAGGAUUUUAACCGAACCGAAAAACGCCCUCUUGCCUCAAUACCAGAGGCUGCUAGCAAUGGAUCAGUGCGAGCUAUCUUUCACACCGGGGGCUUUAGACUCGAUUGCUACUUUGGCCAUGGAACGGAAAACUGGGGCUCGGGGGCUUAGGGCCAUAAUGGAAUCUUUGCUCUUGGAACCCAUGUUUGAAGUCCCGGGAUCGGGGAUCACGACCGUUCAUGUCACAGAGGAGUACGUGAGGGGCGAGUCCGGGCCUGUGUAUGAGAAGAGGACGGAUAUUGGGACCGCUGAUGUGAACGACGAAGAUGACGUUAAUACGUCGAUUAGGAUAAAGCAAUGAGAAUCGCCAAGGGAGUAGUUUUAUACAUUUUAUUUUUAUUUUUUAGGCAAUAAAUUGUUUUCUGACGUGAAGCAUAGUUUUUGUCACGUGUGUAUAUAUUUAGCUUGUUCCUAUCAAGGUGAAUUUUAUUACGAAGUUAAUUGUAUAUAAUAAAGGUUGAUCUUGUUCAUGUAUAUUUAUUUGUAAUAAAUUUUGUUUUUACAA